AUGGACUUUUGCGAUAAUUUUGGAGUAGUGGACCAUGGUCGUAUUACUAUCAUUUGGAAUCCGUCAAAAGCGGAUCUAGUGAUAGGAAACAUCCUACCUCAAUCCAUUUCUGCCACUCUCACGUGCAAGCUUUGGCGCGACUUGGAGUGCCCUAAGUCACUCAUUAGCAUUUCUUGGCUCCUUUUGAGGGAUUUUAACAUGGUACUCAGGCCUGAAGAAAAGAUCAACGGCGAGCUCGUCACUAAUAGAGACUUUAUGGACUUAGCCGAUUUUUGUGACAAAUUCGAGCUUGUGGAUAUUCCUUCUUCGGGAUUCUUCCACAUUUGGACCAAUAGCACAAUAUGUUACAAGCUUGAUCGAGCCAUGGUGGACGACCGAUGGUUUCAAGCUGGCUUCUAUAGUCAGGCAAAUUUCUUAGCACCAGGUCGGGAGCUUCGAGUAAAUUUUCUCAACAGAAAAAAUUGGUUUCGAAAGCAUAAUUGA